GACACACAAAGACAUUUUCAUACACACAGAGAAUCAGUUUUCAGAUGUUACUUCACAUUUGAGUCGUGAGACAUGUAAGAGUAGCAUUCUGCCAUGGCUUGGUUUGAUGUAGCAGCUAAAAAACUGGGAUUUCCUAGCAUCGAGCUGUUUGUGAAGGCGGGCACUGAUGGGGAAAGCAUUGGGAACUGUCCGUUCUCUCAGAGACUCUUCAUGAUCCUGUGGCUGAAAGGAGUGAUUUUCAAUGUUACCACUGUAGACCUGAAGAGAAAGCCGGCAGAUUUGCAGGAUCUCGCUCCGGGAACAAACCCGCCGUUCAUGACCUUCAACGGGGAGGUUCUGGUGGACGUCAACAAGAUCGAGGAGUUUCUGGAGGAGCGACUGGGCCCACCACAAUAUCCAAAGUUGGCCACCAAGCAUCCAGAAUCAAACACCGCAGGAAUAGAUGUAUUUGCCAAGUUUUCUGCCUACAUCAAGAACCCCCGUAAAGAAGCGAAUGAGGGUCUGGAGAAAGCUCUGCUGAAGUCUCUGAAGAGGCUGGAUGAGUAUCUGCAGACGCCGCUGCCUGAAGAAAUCGACGCCGACAGUCUGGAAGAUCCUGGAGCUUCAACACGCAGCUUUCUGGACGGAGACGAGCUCACGCUGGCCGACUGCAACCUGCUGCCAAAACUGCACAUCAUCAAGAUUGUGGCCAGGAAGUACCGAGGAUUGGAGAUUCCUGCAGAGAUGAUCGGGGUUUGGAGAUAUCUGAAUAAAGCCUAUCAGAGAGAGGAGUUCAUCAACACCUGCCCUGCUGACCGAGAGAUCCAGUUCGCUUACCUGGACGUCGCCAAGAAGAUCAAAUAGACCAGGAUGACCAGGAUAGAUCACAGUCUACAUCAGAGUGUGUGUGUGUGUGUGUGUGAGAGAGAGAGAGAGAGAGAGAGAGAGAGAGAGAAAGAGACAGUUUAUAACAUUGUGUAUGUAUGUGAAUGUGUGUCCGUAAGUGUGUGUAUGUGUGUGUGUGCUAGUGUGUGCAUGUGUAAGUUUACAGUGUAUCUGUCCUUUGUGUGUGUGUUUUGUGUGUAAAUGUGUGUAUGUAAGGUGUGUGAAGGUGUACAGUAAGUUUGUGUGUGUGUGUGUGUGUGUGUGUGUGUGUGUGUGUGUGUGUGUGUGUGUGUGUGUGUGUGUGUGCGCGUGUGUGUGUGUGCGUGUGUGUGUGU